GGACUCUAUCCACAGCGACCACCACUCCAUUUCAUCUCAUCCUUCCCCAACCUUUCUCUUCUCCUUGAACACACCCCUCUCUUCCUCAUUAUAGAGAGGAUUUAGCAAACAUGCACAUAUACAAAGAGCAGGAGGCUGAACCAUCCACUGGCCUGAUGAUGCCAGAACCAGCACCUGCUGCUUCCCCCGGCUCCGGCAGCUCAGAGGGCUCAAGCAUCGAGGACACAGCGGACCGUCAGGUCACCUUCUGCAAGCGCUGCAACGGGCUACUCAAGAAGGCGUAUGAGCUCUCCAUGCUCUGCGAUGCCGAGGUUGCCCUCAUCGUCUUCUCCAGCCGCGGCCGCCUCUACGAGUACUCCAACAACAGCGUGGAGGAAACUAUUGAGAGGUACAAGAAAGCCAACAGUGACACCUCCAAUACCAGUACAGUUGCAGAGAUCAAUGCCCAGCACUACCAGCAGGAGGCUGCUAAGCUGAAGCAACAUAUCACCUACCUGCAGAACUCCAACAGAACGAAUAUCUGUGUGCUGAAAUUGAGUACAUGCAGAGAAGGGAAACGGAGCUGCAGAAUGACAACAUGUACUCAAAGAGCGAAGUAACUAUAUUCUGUUCUACAUUGCAAAAAAAAAGGAGAUUAACAUAGCUACAUGGUUGCCGAGAGUGAAAGAGGACUGCAAACAGUGAACAUGAUGGGUUCAGCAUCUACGAGCGAAUGAAAGAUAAAUAUGGAUCCGUAUCAUGCAUGUGCUUUCUUCAAGGAGAGUGAUCAGUUAGAUAUAUUACACUGUGUCAGUAGAACUUUUACGUGUGAACUCUUGUAUGGAUGAAUAAUUAACUUUAUCCCAUAAUUCAGGCUUGGCACUAUCAAGGUGAUGUACGGUUCAACCUGUGAAAUUCAAAUACUUCAUACCCUUUUCCUAAGUUUCUAUAUGUAAUAUUGGUGAUAAUAUCUUGUGUAUACAUAUAAGUGUUGUUUCGUUA